GCUAUUCUGUACAAGCCAGCCUGGGUGCCGCUACAGUCGGGAGUACUGCGUGAACGUCAGAUUUCUCUCUCGUUUCCCUGCAGGUGACUCAGAAACUUCACCAUGCGUCUGGAAGAACUCAAAAGGCUCCAGAACACCCUGGAACAGGUCAAUGAUGGCAAAUACUUGCUUCAAAGCCAUCAGCUUGCCAUGGAUGAAGAAAAUAAUAUUGAAAAGUAUCACAUCAACUUACAGCCCUUGGAAUCAAAAGUGAAAAUCAUCCAGCGAGCAUGGCGUGAAUACCUGCAGCGCCAGGACCUGCACCACCAGCAGCUGGACAAGCGCAGCCCCUCGCCGCCCUCCCUGUCCUCGGACAAGAUGAGCAGGUCCAUCAGCAUGAACACCUUUUCCGACAGCAGCACACCGGACCCCCGCGAGGAUGGCAUGGAUUUAGGGAGCGACGCCGGCAGCAGCCGCUCCAGCUCCGAGUCCAACUCGAGCAAAGUGACGCCGUGCUCCGACUGCAAGUCCUCGCCGUCCCCCAGCAGCCUGGACCUGGCGGCGCUGGGCGACUCGGAGGAGGAGGAGGAGGAGGAAGAGGAGGAGGAGGAAGAGGAGGAGGAGGAGAACGGGGGCUCCCUGCCCUCCCCGCCGCCUCCCUGCCGCUCGGCCGAUGCCCUCCGCCGCUCCGCGCCCGCUCCCCGCGGCGGCUCCCCCGGCUCCUUGAAGCGCCCCCCCGCCCCCGGCGCCCCCCCCCCCCCCGGAGCCCCCCGCCCGCGGCCGCACCAGCGCCCCCCGCCGCUGCCCCCCCCCCGGCAGCAGCGGGGGGGCUCCGGGGGGGGUGCGGCGGGGCCGGGGGGGGGGCGCCGGGGGUCGCGGAGGGGCUGCGGGGGGCGAGGGGGAGCGGGGGGAGCGGGGCGCAGCCCCCCCCGGGACCCGCAGCCACCGGCCAUGGACUGGGCGGCCCUGGAGAGGCACCUGGCGGGGCUGCAGUGCCGGGAGCAGGAGCGGGGGCAGCGGGCCAGCCCCGCCUCGGCGCAGAAGAAUGAGCGCGAGUCCAUCAGGCAGAAGUUGGCGCUCGGCAGCUUCUUCGACGAUGGCCCGGGACUGUACACCAGCUGCAGCAAGAGCGGCAAGCCCAGCCUCUCCUCCCGGCUCCAAAGCGGGAUGAACCUGCAGAUCUGCUUCGUGAACGACAGCGGCAGCGACAAGGACAGCGACGCCGAUGACAGCAAGACAGAGACCAGCCUGGACACGCCUUUAUCGCCCAUGAGCAAGCAGAGCUCUUCCUACUCCGACAGAGACACGACCGAGGAGGAGUCCGAGUCCCUCGAUGAUAUGGAUUUUCUCACCAGGCAAAAGAAACUCCAAGCCGAAGCCAAAAUGGCCUUGGCUAUGGCAAAGCCCAUGGCCAAAAUGCAGGUGGAGGUGGAAAAGCAGAACAGGAAGAAAUCUCCGGUAGCCGAUCUUCUGCCACAUAUGCCUCAUAUAAGCGAAUGCCUGAUGAAGAGAAGCUUAAAACCCACUGAUUUGAGAGACAUGACUAUCGGGCAGCUACAAGUGAUAGUCAAUGAUCUCCACUCGCAGAUAGAAAGCUUGAACGAGGAGCUGGUGCAGCUGCUGCUCAUCCGGGACGAGCUGCACACGGAGCAGGACGCGAUGCUGGUCGACAUCGAGGACCUGACCAGACAUGCCGAGAGCCAGCAGAAGCACAUGGCAGAGAAAAUGCCGGCAAAGUAAGCCGAGACGCCGUCAGAGCAGAGAUGGAGCUCGCCUGUCCUUCGCUUCUGUGUCUGUACAAAUGCUGAUGUCCACGGUGGCGCACCAGAAAAUCAGUGUUAGUCAUUGGUCGUGUCCGAAGCUUUAUGUCCGGUGAUUGGCCUCUGCUUCUUAAUUUAUUUUAAUUUUUUUACUCGUGCCACUAAAUAUCAGGCAUUUUAAUAAUAUUAUUACAGAAAAUGUACAGUACUUAUAACAUUAUAAAUCAUGGAUGAGAAGAGAGGGUAGUUUAACUUUAUUUUUGUUUGCUUAGAGAUUUUAAGUUGAACAAUAUUUUACCAUUGACUACUUUUUUAUCCUUCACUGUAGUUUUAAAUAAAGAGACUGUACUUGACGGUGCUAUACAAGUCAAAAAAUACAUGCCUGCCUCGUAGUGAAGUUGUAGCUUUCAGUAAUAUGUACAUUUUAAUCAGUUUUCAACAUUUUGUGAAUGUUGACUACCUGACAUUCAUUUUUAGAUGUGCUAUUAACAUUCAGUUGGAUUCAAAGAGUUACCUUGGAAGUUUUAUGUAUAAAGAUGUAAAAUAAAAAUUUAAAAAAUUGUU